GCGAGGAGCGGCCCCUGGAGGUGCGGUUCCGGCGUGCGGGUGGCCUCCCGCUGGACCUCUACUACCUGAUGGACCUCUCGUACUCCAUGCGCGAUGACCUCCACAUGCUGCGCCGCCUGGGCAGCGACCUGCUGGCCGCCCUGCGCAAUGCCUCCGCCUCCGUGCGCAUUGGGUUCGGCACGUUUGUGGACAAGCCGGUGCUGCCGUUCGUCAGCACGGUGCCCUCCAAGCUGCACAACCCCUGCCCGGAGCGGGGGCAGCCCUGCGACCCUCCCGCCGCCUUCCGCCACCUGCUCUCGCUCACUGCCGAUGCCGGGGAGUUCGCACGGCGCCUCGCGGGGCAGCGCAUCUCCGGCAACCUCGACGCGCCUGAGGGGGGCUUUGACGCCAUGAUGCAGGUGGCACUGUGCCAGGAACGCAUCGGCUGGCGCCCCGUGACGCGGCUGCUGGUGUUCGCCUCGGACGACACGUUCCACACGGCAGGUGACGGGCGCCUGGCCGGCAUCGUCCUACCCAGCGACAGCCGCUGCCACCUGGACGCCAGCGGCAUCUACAACCGCAGCCACCUCUACGAUUACCCCUCGGUGGGGCACCUGGCGCAGGUGCUGUCGGCUGCCAACAUCCAACCCAUCUUUGCCGUCACCCGGCCCGUGGUGCCGCUCUACAAGGAGCUGAGCCACCUGAUCCCCAAGUCGGUGGUGGGGGAGCUGCGGGAUGACUCCAGCAACGUGGUGCAGCUCAUCAUGGAUGCCUACAAUAGCCUGACCUCGACAGUGGAGCUGCAGCACUCACCGCUGCCCCCCGGGCUCAGCCUCAGCUUCCAGGCCCACUGCGGGGGCCCCCCCGAGCCCCCCCAGCCCCACCGUGGCCUCUGCUCGGGCGUGCACGUCAACCAGCAGGUGAACUUCACAGUGCGGGUGCGGGCGGACAUGUGCCUGGAGGCCCCCCAGCGCGUGGCCCUGCGGGUGCUGGGGGUGCCGGAGCAGCUGCACCUCGAGGUGCGCACCCUCUGCCACUGUCCCUGCGCCCAGCGUGCCCCCCGCACCCCUCUCUGCCACGGGGGAGACCUUGACUGCGGCGUCUGCAGGUGCCCUGGGGGCCUGCGGGGCCGGCGUUGCGAGUGCAAGGGGCCGGAGGCGGAGGAGGAGGUGGAGGGGGGCUGCCGGCCUCCCAACAGCACGGCCCCCCCCUGCAGUGGGCGGGGGCACUGCGUCUGCGGCACCUGCGAGUGCCCCCCCGGCCUGAGUGGCCGCUUCUGCGAGUGCGACAGCAGCACCUGCGAGCGGCACGAGGGGCUGCCCUGUGGAGGCCCGCAGCGGGGCGCGUGCGAGUGCGGGCGGUGCCGGUGCCACGCGGGCUUCGCGGGCAGCGGCUGCGGGUGCAGCCUGGCGCGGGGCGGCUGCCGCCGGGGGGGCCGCGAGUGCAGCGGGCACGGGCGCUGCGAGUGCGGGCGCUGCCGCUGCCAGCCCGGCUUCGUGGGGCCCUUCUGCGCCCACUGCCCCUCCUGCCCCGGGCCCUGCCGGCGCCUGCGGUGAGCGGGGGGGCGGCGAGGGGGGA